AGCAGGCUCUCCUGAGCGUUCGCUGUCUGGCCAACACCUUCCCCACGGCCAGCCUCCCGGAGGCAGCCGACGGGGACCUUCUAACGGCGCCGCAGGAGAGCCACGCCGGGAGCCCAGCUCGCCGCCUCCCCCGGAACCAAAGUCCGGAGGGAAACACGAUCUAGCGGACCGGAGGGAAGAACCCACCGGAAGCAAUCCGGAGACUCGAACAUGGCGGCCGCCCGGUGCCUGCGCUGGGGCCUGAGCCGAGCCGGGGCCUGGCUGCUCCCGCCGCCCGCGUACUGCCCCCGCCGAGAGCUGCACAAGCAGGUAGACGGCACCGAAUUCCAGAGCAUCUACAGCCUGGACAAGCUCUACCCGGAGUCGCGGGGCGCGGACACCGCGUGGAGGGUCCCGGAUGCUGCAAGGCAAGCCAACAAUGAUAUUCCUCUAGAUCGCUUGAAGAUAUCUUACUGUCGGAGUAGCGGUCCCGGAGGCCAGAACGUUAACAAAGUGAAUUCCAAGGCUGAAGUCAGGUUCCACCUGGCAACCGCCGACUGGAUUGCAGAGCCCGUGCGCCAGAAGAUGGCCAUCAUGCAUAAAAAUAAGAUCAACAGGUCGGGAGAGUUGAUACUCACCUCUGAAUGCAGCCGCUAUCAGCUCCGAAAUCUGGCAGAUUGCCUGCAGAAAAUUCGAGACAUGAUCGCUGAAGCCAGCCAGAUGCCCAAGGAGCCAUCCAAAGAAGAUGCUGAACUCUGGAGAAUCAGGAUUGAAAACAUGAAUCGGGAAAGGCUGAGAAAAAAGAGAAUAAAUUCUGCCAUAAAGACAAGCAGAAGGGUAGAUAUGGACUGAAAUCACUCUCCAGAGCUGGCGGAGACCCUCCGAGGGCUGUCCGGGCAGCUGGCCGAGAGCUCGAGUGCUGUCGGGAGACGGAUUUGCUGUUUGCGAUUGUUAAUGCUUGUCCCUAACGCUGGAGCCGUCGGAGAGCGUUCAUUAGGAGUGAGGGUGGUAGGCACUGGUUGCAAAGGUCUUUAUAGGCAAUUACGUGUUGUCAAGCCUUAAUUAUUCACUUACUGUAUUAGCUUCAAUAAAAUUCUAAAUGCA